GACACUGACACCCGGAGCCUCCGCCGCCUCAUCUAUAGCGCGCGCCGCCCGAAGCAUCGCUACGCACCACGUCCGUAGUACUGCUCUUCUGAGCCCCUCCGGUUCCCAGGGCUAGCUCUGACCAUCCACUCAAGUGAAUCUCCGGUGAUCGAGAGUUUUUUUGUCGCACGAUAACAUGUCCAACAAACACAUGAAACCAACGGGCUUUGAGGAUAUAACCAGUGACAGGAUCAGCAGCCUCCCUGAUGAAAUUCUCCACCAUAUCAUGUCUUUCAUGACUGCACGAGAAGCGGUGCAGACAUGCGUCUUGUCAACAAGGUGGCGCUACAUUUGGCUCUGUUUGCGGUGCCUUAAUACUGAGAUAUGCCAAUUCACCAGCAAGAAGAUAUUCGUGAGGUUCAUGGACAACAUACUACUGCGCCGUGGUUUCGUGCCUCUUUACAGCUUUAGCCUCAUCGGCUGGAGAGAUGAUGUUUCCCUCAACCAUCCCAGAACUAACUUGUGGGUCUGCCACGCCAUUCGGAGCAAUGUUCGUGUGCUUCAGAUUUUUGAAUAUCAUGGGUUAUUUGAUCUCGACCACUCUUUCUUCAUUUCUUCGCAUCUGAAAAUACUCAAUCUUCGUUGUGUUUCCACCACUGCCCUCUUCAUUGAGAAGCUCUUUUCUGGCUGUCCAGUGUUGGAAGAAUUAUCGAUGGUAGAUUGCCGUGUUUUCGCCACCAAAUUCUCCUCUAGCACCCUGAAGAAACUAACAUUUAUCUCACAUACCCCCCAUGGUGAAGAUUGUGUUCAUGAUGAUUUUGAAGACCUUGUGAUAGAUACACCUAGUCUUGUUUCACUGCAUCUGGAGGACCUUCCGUUGUUAAAUCCUUGCCUUGUGAAUGUCUCAUCUGUUGUAAAUGCUUCAUUUCGCCUGGAUGAAGAGUCUUUCGCAAGUUCUGCCGUGAACUGCAACAUUAUCAGUGCUCUGUCAAAUGUUACGAAGUUGAAGUUAUAUUUUGGGCUUCACAAUGACAUGGUAAGCAAGGUACUAAAAAGAGAUCUCUGGAGGUGCCAGACAUUCAACAACCUGAAAACCUUGUUUCUCGGUGGCUGGUGCGUAGGCAAGGAUGUAUUCUUUCAUAUCACAUUGGAUUUUUUUGCUUGUCCUUAA